AUGUUAUUGUUUGAAUCGUUGUUCAUAAGGCUAUGUUUACACGAAGAUGCAUAUCAUAACAUGCUGCAAUAUAUUAAAGCAGAAAUGUUACUGUUGGAUGGUUGUAUUGAGACCACAGUAAAAAUGGAAUUACGGAACAUGUACCAUUCGCUGGACUUGAAACCUCUGCAACGCAUGACCCUAGACUGCAACAGCAGAGAAAUGGAACAGCUUUUGCAGAAGCAUCCGUUUGUUGAACAUCGCUGGAAACACAAUGGGGAAGCGUUUAAGUUGCAACCGGUUAGAAUGGAAUACAUGACGGAAAAACUGACAAUAAACAAUCUGAUGCCACAGGACAGUGGAACAUACCAUUGUAUAGCCGAGGAGCCAUCGGCCACGCAACAAGUUGUCGCAAUUUACGCCACUGUUAUUGGUAGGCUUUUGAAGUACACUUACAGAGGUGACGACCUUGAACUUGACUGUCUGAGUAACGAAUUCGGCAAACUAUACCCGAAAGCCAUACGCUAUUGGAUCGAUCCGAAAGGAAAACGGGUUUUUGAAAAACCGGCAAUCGAUAAUCUUGAAACAUUCCCCAAAGCUGAUGACAGAUUGGCGGGAAAUUGGACGUGCUUUGUUGAGGAUCCAGUUGUUCCAAGAAAAUGGACGACAGCGAGGCUCCAGGUUUUCAUCAGUCCUAUACCAUCUUUUGUGAAGAGAACAGAAUUAUUUGUGAAAGGUAACAAAAUCGUAAGUUGUAUUAUAAUAGUUUUGAUAAUAGCAGCCUUCCUAAUGCUUUCCCAACUGGUUGCAAAACUUUCGGAUAAGAGUGAAAAUCGCGUGAAAAAGGACAUGAAACACAUGAAAAACGUUUUGGGCCUCAAGGAUAAGAAGAAAGGGUCAGACGACGAUGAUGACGAUGAUGAUGUUGACAUUAAUGAUGGAAUGCCUUUGUUGAACACCACGAAGACAUAAGCGUUGAGGAUAAAUUUAAACAUUUCUGAAGCAUUGUUCAAAAAGUUGCAUGAGUGUGUAAACGAGCAUAGCUUUUAUUUAUCAAAAGGUGACCUUGUUCCAGUACAAGAAAACAUUACAGUCGAAACCCGCUGGCUCGAUGUCGCUAGGCUCGAUUUUCUCGUUGGCUCGAACUGAAUGUAAAGGAUUUUUUUAACACUGUGUAAGAAUUCCCGCUUGGCUCGAUAUUCGCGAAGCUCGAAGUAUUUUGGUCGGUCUCUUCAACAUCGAGCCAACGGGUUUUGAUGAACAAACGGCAUCUUAUUGACAAUUAUCACUAUCAGAUGUUUCGAAGGCACAGUGUUCCUCCAUCCAGAAAUUCAUUCUUUGAUAAUUGCUGUAUAUAUGUUUUAUUUUGUCUGUAGUCCACUUGUCGUAACAUUCUGUGGCCGCUAGUACAGGGGACAUCGAUCGUAUUAACAUCUUACGAACGUGUGUGUAAAAAUGCAUGUGAGUGGGUGCGUGUAUGUUUACAUACGCGCUUGUGUUUUGUUUUGU